UCCUAUAAACGCUUUGUUGACGCCACAGUCAGUCAGAUCUACCUGGUCCGCCUCGCUCCAGGAGAACAACAUGUUUGCAUACAGGCGACGACUGCUGCUUUUGCGAGCUGUACUGAGCAUCUGCGCCUUUAAAGACUUAUAAGUGCGCCUCUAUCAGAGCCCGCAGCCAACUUCCCACAACUCCGAGGCGCUCGGCGAGUAGAGUAGAGACAACCAGAGAGGAACUGGCUCAUCUUCACAGCUAGACCCAUGGAAUAAUAACUAUGGAAUACCACUGGAUACUGCUGUCUGUGUUUUUACAGUUACUCUUCCAUCCAGGCAACACCAAGCCAACUAUUACCCCAGCUGGGAGUCACCUUGUUGUCCCGCUCAACGCACCCUUCGAGCUGCGUUGCCAGGGUGAGAAGGAGAUGCAGUGGCAACGGGAGGACCGGCCGAAGGUGCGGGGAGAGAUAAAGAUUACUGGGAUGUCCACAGUGCGCAUCUCCAGGGCUCAGCCAGCUCACAUGGGCCGCUACAUCUGCCUAGAGGAAAUGUCCAAAGCGCAAACCUCCAUCUACGUCUAUGUGAAAGAUCCUGACAAUCCCUUCAGAAAAUCAAUGGUGGGCAAGAUUCUUACUAGAGAGGGAGACACUGCUUCCAUCUCCUGCCUGGCAACUGAUCCAAGUCUGGACAACCUGCGCCUGGAAACAUGUUCAAGUAGAGCUCUGGCCUCUGGUCUCCAGUUUUCUGCGAGCCUCGAGAAAGGCAUCACCAUCUUCAACACACGAAAGUCCUACGAAGGUUGUUAUGUGUGCACAGGAAGACUCAAGGAAGAGAACGUCAGAUCAUUUCAAUACAACUUGAUCGUGAGACCAGUCCCCAUUGCUCCUCCUGUGAUUGAGAUGCAGGCAUCCAAAAGAGUGAUUCUCAUCAGGGAUGAAGGUCUAUCCCUCACCUGCAACACUACUAAUGUCAAUGGAGAAAUCCAUCUAAAGUGGGUCACCCCACCUGGCUCGGGUGCCGUCUGGUAUCCACAGCAACCACCAAAGGUUGGCGGUGUUUCGCGUAUCCUGGAGGAGAACUUCACUCACGUGCGCAGCGCCACCUUGACCAUCACUGAGGUCGGACCUCAAGACGUCGGACGGUACCGAUGUGAAGCUGAGAAUGAGAAAGGGGUCAGCUCACAGUCAGUGUGGCUCGAUGUUUACGAAAAAGGAUUCAUCAAUUUAACACCCGCAAUCAAUGAAACCAUCCAUGUACGUUCAGGUGAGAAUUUGCCCCUAAAUGUUGAGAUGGAGGCUUAUCCAAAGCUGCACUGGUUCUCCUGGAGCUUCAUGGGCCAGCAGCUGAGGAACACAACCGACCAUGUCAUCACCACUCACGUCCAUGAGUACAGGUACAGCAGUGAGCUGAGGCUUGUGCGACUGAAAAUGUCAGAGAGCGGAGUUUACACCUUUCAAGCCUCCAACGGUGACGCUUCAGUAAACCACACAUUCACCAUCUUUGUGAUCAGUAAACCAGAGAUUGUAUCUCAUGAGGGCCCAGUUGACGGACAGGUACGCUGUGUGGCAGAGGGGUUUCCUGCCCCGCAGAUCACCUGGUACUACUGUGAGCAGCCAUAUGCCCGGUGCUCCCAACAGGUGAAUGCCACCCAGGAAGAGCACAAUGUCAUCACUGUGACUCUGUUCAGCCCCAUGUUUGGGAAGACGGAGGUGGAAAGUCGGGUGAACGUCAGCAGGGGACGUUUCAGUACUCUGGAAUGUGUGGCGACGGUGGAGGGAGAGCAGGCCUACACACUAUUUUCCAUCAGCGAGAGAACUGUCACCCAUGAUCUGUUCACCCCUCUGUUAAUUGGCUCGGUAUCGGCAGCUGGCAUCCUUUGUCUCGUCCUUAUCAUACUGUUCUACAAGUACAUGCAGAAACCCAAAUACCAGAUUCAGUGGAAAGUUAUCGAGGGCAUCCAUGGAAACAACUAUGUGUACAUUGACCCCACCCAGCUACCGUACGAUCACCAGUGGGAGUUUCCUCGGAAUAACUUGCGUUUUGGGAAGACACUGGGAUCUGGUGCAUUUGGAAAAGUGGUGGAAGCCACAGCAUAUGGCAUCUCCAAAGCAGAUUCAGUCAUGACGGUGGCUGUGAAAAUGCUCAAAUCUAGCGCUCACGCCACAGAGAAAGAGGCGCUGAUGUCAGAGCUGAAAGUCCUCAGUUACUUGGGAAACCACAUGAAUAUUGUCAACUUGCUGGGAGCCUGCACUGUUGGAGGCCCUACACUGGUGAUCACAGAGUACUGCUGCUUUGGAGACCUUCUUAAUUUUCUACGCAGAAAGAGGGAAUCAUUCAUCUGCUAUAAGCUCGAAGAAGACUGCCACUACCACAACGUGAUGCCGCAGAGAGACACAGCUGGUGACAGCUUGAACGGCUACAUGACCAUGAGGCCUUCUGCUGCUGGCAACCCGCCUUUCAGCUCAUCCUCUGAGAAGAGACGCUCAAUACGCAAAGGUGGCUCCUAUGUUGAAGCAGAUGAAGAGAGUGAGAUGUUUGAAGAGGAUGGUCUGUCUCUGGACACAGAAGACCUCCUCAGCUUCUCACACCAAGUGGCUAAAGGCAUGGAGUUCUUAGCCUCCAAAAAUUGUAUCCACAGAGACCUGGCUGCAAGAAAUAUCCUCCUAACUCAAGGAAGAGUAGCAAAGAUCUGUGAUUUUGGCCUGGCACGAGACAUCAACAUGGACUCCAACUAUGUAGUCAAAGGCAAUGCUCGUCUACCUGUGAAAUGGAUGUCUCCAGAAAGUAUCUUUGAGUGUGUGUAUACAUUUGAGAGUGACGUGUGGUCCUACGGCAUCUUGCUCUGGGAAAUCUUCUCACUAGGAAACAGUCCGUAUCCUGGCAUGCCUGUGGAUGCCAAGUUCUACAAACUGAUAAAAGAAGGAAAGAGGAUGGAUGCUCCAGAGUUUGCACCCAGUGAAAUGUAUCAUAUUAUGAGGUCCUGCUGGGAUGCUGACCCAUUCAACAGACCUCCCUUCAGGAAGGUUGUGGAAAGGAUUGAACAACAGCUGACGGAUGCCACAAAGCAUAUCUAUUUGAACUUUAGCUCCAGGCUUCCUGUUACGCCGAGAGCCAGGGAGGAACAAAGUUCUGAGAGCGUUGCGCCUCACAGUCAUAACUCUGCUGACAAUAACAGCGCUCCGACUCAGCAGUUACUGGUCCAGCACGAGGUCUUUCUCGAGGGGACAACCCUCAGAGCACAACGGGUGUAAGGACCCACUCCACCUCUCUGGCUGCCUCAUGAAGUGCCUGUAAUGUUCCGCCACAUAUCACCCUACAACUACUACUACCCCCUCCCACUGGCCUGGUACCAGCAGCAUGUGUUGUUACCUGUUGAAGAGGAAUAGUUAAUCGCCAUCCAUUACCAGAAACAACAAAGGACAAAUGGCUUUCAUCAUUGUCAUUACUACUGUUGCUAAAUACAGAGGACAGUCAGACUAACGCUCCCCUGCCUAUAACAAAGAACUGUUAAGGCACCGAGAAGGGUGGAGAGAUAUCAGCGGUUACUCUAAAACUGUCAUGAAAGUAGAUUAUUACACUGUUAUGUAUUUUUGGGUUUUUUUUUUUGUAAAAAAUGUCCUUCACACUGUUUCUGUUUAUCUAUUGGAGUUUUUUUCUUUGUACAUUUUUCAUUUUGUUAUUCUUUGUUGUUUUUCUGUUACACAUGUUUAUGUAGCGUUUCCAUUUUUGGUUGGCAGUUGCAAUUGUUGGAGGAAAAACUUUUUUUUUCUUUUUCUUUUCCUGUUUUAUUGUCAGUAUUAUAUAACGGUUCAGAUCUGUGUUGAUAUGAAGAAAACAAUCUUUGGGGGCCAAUUUAAAUAUAGAUAUAUCGAGACACUGGUAUAUAAGCUAUUAGUCAGCAUUGUUGGUUUGCUUAGAGAGUUGCUUAGAGUCCAUAAGUGCUUCAAGUCAUUCAGGAAAUAUAUUUUUGCUGUUUUUAUGUUGGUUGUCACUACCUAGAGAGCAACUUACUGUCUACUGGAUCCGUCAAAGCAUUUCAUGAGUCGGCCCACCAACACUGUAAACACAGUUCAGAGAUAUGAGAUAGACAUGGUACGCUAGCUUUUCAUUUAAGUGCUUUUGACUGUAUAUGUACAUAUCUGUAGGUAAUGAUAUUAGUCAUUGCUAUAUGAUGACAUGGAUAGUUAAACGUUUGACAAAGAAGACACUCUGAGGAAGCUGUAACUCCUAGUGUUCAUCUUAGCUUUGUGACAGAGGCAUGUAAUGCAGGUGUAUAGUUUCACUUUUUGACAGCUGGACUGCUGGAGAGUUCUCUUGUAAAGUUGUAAAUAAUUUCAGGUUUAUAUGGUUUGCUCUCAUGCCACAUCCAGUGUAUGAUCUUUGUUUACAAGCAUGAGACAGGUACUGCCAUUUCUGAUACAUGAUUUCUCUGCUUUUUACCUCCUUCCUCCUUUUAUGAAGGAACAGGAAAGGAACACUUUCUUCUUCUGGCUGACAGGCAAUUGGUGUGUUUUUGCCCAUGAUAGUGCUAUAGCUCUCAAUUGUACAGUAUAUAUCAUGGAUCGAGUCAGUGUGAUGCACAUUUUAAAUAACAUUACUGUAAGUGGACUGCAAUAUUCCCUGAGAUGAGCCAGUGCGUCUUCAGGGCUCUCUGUUCAGACGUCAAGGCUGCGUACAGCGCUCUGCUUCCGUGUGUUGGUCAUCUCAUUGUUCUGCGACCAGUAGCUGGUUUCCCAGCAGUCCUUCUCUCCUUUGUAUCCAGCUGUAUCCGCCUUUAGAAGUGGGACUUUCAGCACCUCUCAGCCAGUAGUCUGUAUCAGUCCAGACCAUUAUGAUUCCCCUCUUCCCAGUAGUGGAUGUUGUUGUGAAGAGCCCUGCUGAAGGAAAUUGUCCUGUGUGUGUGUGUGUGUGUGUGUGUGGUGUGUGUGUGUGUGUGUGUGUGUGUGUGUGUGUGUGGUGUGUGU